UCCUCUCGGAGAAAUCUGUCAAUUUCUGCCCUCGGUCACGUGACCCGUGUCUCUCUGGAAUGGAUGGAGAUGGAUCUCCACGUCAGCUCGCCGUCUCAAAAUUUCUGCUCUGCGGACCUGCUUCAAAGAGGCGCGAGCAGGCGGCGCCGGAGAACCAUGUCACGCGCCGCCACUCGGAGGAGCCCCCAGCAAGAGAAGUGAUGGAUUUUGACGAGCGGGUCUCGGUUGGGUCGAACAUGUAUUUGCCCAGCUGCACCUACUACGUCUCGGGGACAGACUUUUCCAGCCUCCCCUCGUUUUUAGCCCAGACCCCGUCCUCGUGCCCUGCGACGUACACCUACUCGUCUAACCUGCCGCAGGUUCAGCCAGUGAGAGAGAUAACCUUCAGGGACUACACCAUCGACUCCUCCAGUAAAUGGCACCACAGAGGGGAACUGUCUCACUGCUACCCCACCGAAAACCGGGUCCACAGGGACUGCCUGCCUCCCCCGGCCGCUGGGGAAAUGUUCGCGAGAAACAGUCCCUCCGCCGGCUACCACUCCGGCUCCAGCGCGGCUUCCAGCUUCUACGCCAAUGUGGGCAGGAACGGGGUGCUGCCGCAGGUUUUCGACCAGUUCUUCGACUCGGCAUACGGAAACACCGAGACUCUGUCCGACGUGUUCCCAGGGGAGAAAAACGCCGACAAGCUGACGACUCCGGCGCCCGGUCCUUGCCGCGAGACCGACGCGAAAGACCGCGGAGACGAGAUCAGCAGCCCGGAGGCCUCUUCCGGCAACAGUGGGGAGAAGCCUGGCAGCGGCAGUGGCCAGAGAACGCGUAAAAAGAGAUGUCCCUACUCUAAGUAUCAGAUAAGGGAACUGGAGCGAGAGUUUUUCUUUAGUGUCUACAUCAACAAGGAGAAACGACUGCAUCUCUCGAGGAUGCUUAAUCUCACCGACCGCCAGGUCAAGAUCUGGUUUCAGAACCGGCGAAUGAAGGAGAAAAAACUGAACAGGGACCGUCUACAGUAUUACAGCACAAACCCGCUGCUUUAGCGCGCGUGGCUUCGGACUCCGUCAGGGCCGCGAAAGCACCGGACACCAGAGGUUAAUUUCAAGUUCGAGGAUGCGGAAAGACUAGCCGAAAGCGCGAGGAAGAAGAGCCCGGGCGCCAUUCGGCAACCUAUUGCAUUAACCUCGCGAGGCCAAGUACCAUUGUCCACAGCAUUACUCCUGUUCACGCGCACCGACUCUACAGAGUUAAUGGCUGAAUGAUCAGAGAACGCCGUCUGUUUUCAGUCCUUCAACCUGUGUUUGCGCUGGUUGCGCCGAGACUGUCAGGUUGUACCCUAUCCUACUCUGCCCUCGUUGUGUCUUGAUGGUUCAAAAACAAACAAACAAAAAAACAGCGAUGCGGAGGUCGACACUAUGUAAGCUGUUUCCGAUUCAGGUCUAUUUAUACAUAAACCGACAAAUUUUCAUCUGCAUCUUUUUAUUUUUAUUUUUUUAAAGUAAAGUUUGUUGCGCCAGACAGGCACGAGGUUGUUGGUGUGCAAUAUUAUGAACUUUAAACCGUGGCUGCUGCACGCGGCCUCACCCCACUCACGUGUAUGUGCAAACGAGAACAUAAUUAUUCACUUCUGGUGCGUCGUAUUUUACUAUUGAGUAUUGUACGCAGAGAGAAGAAGCAAUAUUGGGUGGACAGCGUCUUUGUAUAUACAGGCAAAAGUGCUGAUAAUUUAUGCGCAGCUAUUUGCGUUUAUUGUUGUUUUUAAUUAUAAAGAAGAAGAAAAAAAAAAAAACCAAAAACGUAUGCUCGCGCAGGUAAAACUGAGUCGCUGCCUGAUCACAAGUAGUAGCUCCUGGUCCAUUUAUAUUCGAAUAAGGUGCUGCAUAUUUAAGUGAGAUUCCUCAUUUGAACAAUAUUCACAUAAGAAGAUUGGGGCACUAUGCUUGGUCUGUCCAAGAAUGUAUGCAUUAAUAAUAUUUUGUAUGGUACGUUGGGGAUGGGAGUGUUGACUUUUAGAAGGACGGGAUGGGCUGCUCGUCUGUGCUUCGCCAUUCUGUCUGAAAUGUAAAUGAUAUUCACCCCAGCUUUCAUUUUGUUUCUUUUAUUAUUCGUGCAUUUUUUCCAAGAAAUAAACGCGUUACCUCAGUUCUUCCAAGAACUCUUUUUUAAACAUGCAAAUAAAAGUGACGCAACAAUGGCUCGAGGGCUGUGAGGGAGC